AUGGCCACCGAGACGCGGACUCUAAUGUGUCUCAAUUGCCAGAAGAAAAUGAAUGUGGAAGUGAAAAUCAGUAAAGAUAAAAAGCCUUUAGAGACGGAUCCGACGGGCUUUACUGCUGGGCAAUCGUGCAGUCUCAUGAAUCUGAUUUGCGAUGCGGAAGUUCCAUCCGAUGCUCCAGUAUGCAAGGAAUGUUCCGACCAGUUGUUGGUUGAUAUGGAUCAACAGCUGAAACUUCUUGAAGAUGAUUGCGCAGCAUACCGUCAACUUAUUGAUUACCUCAAGGAGAAGCACUCGAAUGCUGACAUCGCCUCAUAUAAGCAAACAUUACGGAACCUUAAGGCUGAAGAAAGUGCACUCAAAGCUCAGUUCGAUCAGCUAUGUACAGAAGAAGCUCGCCUGGAUGCCGAGUUAAUGGAAAAGAAAGCGGCAUUGGAAGAAAAGACAGAAGAAGAAGCAAGCCGAUGGCGACAAUUCAGAGAUAAUCACAGACGUCUUCUCGAUCUAGAUGAGAAGACGAGGAAUGCUGAUGCUGAACUACGAUAUGCUGCAGAGCAACAUCGACGCCUUGCUGAUACCAAUGCGCUCGAUCUCGUCUUCAAUAUUUGGGUUGAUCCGGCCGAUGGGAUUAUUGGGGAGAUAAACGGUUUUCGGCUUGGACGAUUGCCAGAUCGACUCGUCGAUUGGCCGGAGAUAAAUGCCGCAUGGGGACAGCUAGUUCUGCUACUGGAUGUGUUGAUGCAUCGUGCCGGUGUUAAAAGUGACAAUUUCAAACUGAUCACGAUGUGUAGCCACUCCUGUAUACUGUACAAACGGCAAGUAUUUAUUUAUUUAUAUCAAACGAGAAUUUGA